AGUUUUGAAUUAACUUUCAUUGAAUUUAAAGGCAAAAAGAGAUAAAAAUAAACAAACAGCCAUUUUGAAAUUUAUGCAGCUGAGCUAAGUCGACGACGUACUUUCACAAUAAAUCAGCAUUGUUAAAGUAUAGGUAGCUUUUGUUUCCUGCUUCAAUAAACAAUGCGAAAACACGUACUUUGUGUGUCUCCGUUAAAUGGCGAUUUCCAAGCAUUUGACUUUAAAUGGUUCACGAAAUGCUGAAUAGACUGUAUUCAAAGAACACUGUAAAUACAACGCAUCUUGAAAAUUUUUGUUGGUCUUCAAAAUGAUAGAAAACAACUUAAGGCCAGGUAUGUCAGAAAGUAACAGGACUGAAGUAGUUUUGGAAAAUGGACCUACUGUUGAAACGGAUGCAAGUAGGAGAUUUACAGCAGAAGACGCAGCAAAAACAAUGGCGUUUGGAACAUUCCAAGUGAAGCUCAUACUUUUAUCCGGCACUGUUUGGAUGACCAGAGGCUUUGAAUUUGUGCUUUCUAACCACAUCGGUCCUUUACUGAGUUGUUACUGGAUAUUACCUUCUUGGAAAAUAGAAUUACUGACUGGGGUUUCUAGUGCAUGUACGGUGUUUGGCUGCAUCAUUUGCGGAAUGUGGUCGGAUAAGUUUGGAAGAAGAAUGGUAAAUAAUUCACUUAAUUUACUUUUAAAUUAUAAAAUAUUAUCGUGAAAAAAUAUUUAAAC